AUGGCGAAUUCACUAGCCGACCACUUUGCAGCAGUAUCAGCAACUGGCGCACCCUCGCCGUUAGAUGCUAACUUCAGCUUCAGCGAAUUAAAUUGGGCACUCAACAAGGCUGCAGGACUAUCAGAAGGCCCCGAUCGAAUAGGCUAUCCGCUUUUGAAUCAUCUUCCCCCUCGGGCGAAACUGAUUCUACUUGACAUCUACAAUGGCGUCUGGAGUAGCGGUGUCGUCCCGGCUGAGUGGAAGGAAGCAACAGUAAUACCAAUCAAGAAACCCGGAAAAGAAGGAACCGAAGCGGACGAAUACAGGCCUAUAUCACUAACAAGCUGUGUUGGGAAAAUCCUUGAACGUAUGAUCAAUCGGCGAUUGAUCCAUGAAAUCGAAUCAAACAACCGAAUUGGAAACCGGCAGUUUGCCUUUCGUCCAGGCACAGGCGUGGACAGCCAUCUAGCCCAAUUGGAAACAGUACUUGAAGACACACUGAAAUCCGGCAUGCAUGCGGACGUAAUAAUGCUUGAUCUGUCAAAAGCGUUCGACAGAACCUGGAGACACCCGAUCAUCACUACACUCAACGAAUGGAACGUUGGGAGCAGAAUGUUAAGAUACGUUCACAAUUUCCUGGACGAGAGAAGCUUCAGAGUAUUUGUUGAUGGUGCCCUUUCGGAUCGACGACCACUAGAAAACGGAAUACCACAAGGUUCAGUGAUCUCUCCAACGCUAUUCAACGUUGCAAUCAGCUCCAUCUGCAAACACAUCCCGGAAGACAUUGAAAUUUUGCUAUACGCUGAUGACUUGAUCCUCAUCGCUAUAGGAAGUUUUGCUCGAGCCGUUCGACUAAAAGCGCAAGCUGCGCUUAAUAAUGUGCUGACCUGGGCGGAACAACAAGGGCUGCAGUUCUCGACCACAAAAUCUAAGUUGCUCCACAUAUGCAACGGCAGUAGACACAGAAAUGUGCCAGACUUAAAAACCGAGGAUGGCACCAUUGAAAAAGUUGGUAGCGCAAGAAUUCUAGGAGUUCAAGUUGAUUCCAAAUUGAAAUUCAUGAGACACGCAGAGAUUCUAGUCAAAGAUUGCCAAAGCCAACUGCGGAUAAUUAAAGCAAUUAGUAGAAGAUACGCCGGCGGUAGCCGCCAAACAUUGUUCAGUAUCUGCAACAGCCUUCUAAUAGCCAAAAUCUCCCAUGGUUUUGGACUUUACAGUCGAGGUGGAGAGAAAGUAAUAAAACGGCUUCAACCUGUUUACCAUACCGCCAUUAGAACCAUCUCAAGAGCACUUAGAACCAGCAACAUCCUCUCGCUGCUCACCGAAAGCGGACAGCUUCCGUUUGAACACCUCAUGACCGGUCGACUUGUCAGCAAAGCGUGUAGCUGGCUGGAAAAACGGCCCGUUGAGGAGGAAAUGAUCUGCCCAAUGGUCAGGCGAGCAUCGGAAUGGUUGAAGCGAUUGACAUUUUUUCAAAUACCCAUUAUCAGUUCUCUUAAACGAGUUAGCGACCAAGCAUGGGACGCGGUUGAACCCGCAAUCGACUGGAGCAUUAAAAACCAACUCCGAGCUCACGAAGCCCCAACCAAAAUACAAGCCAUCUUUAGGGAGACACAAGCGAAGCAAUAUUCGACAUCAGUUCAGUUUUUCACCGACGGCUCCCUGGACAAAGACAGUGUUGGACUGGGAGUUUACAGCGAUAGCAUCGACAUCUCCAUGCGAAUACCAGACUGUUGUACCAUAUUUUCAGCCGAGGCAUUGGCACUAUUGAUAGCCACCGAAAAUGCCCCGACCUCAGGACAUACAGUCAUCUUUAGCGAUUCGGCAAGCUGCAUACAGGCGAUCGACCAUGGAAAAUCGCGACAUCCGUGGAUACAGGCGGUUGAAGAUGCUUCCACUAAAAAGAAAGUCACGUUCUGCUGGGUGCCAAGUCACUCCGGCAUACCAGGGAACGAAAGAGCCGAUUUCCUAGCUGGCCAAGGACGAACAAAUGAAUGCACCGCUAUCCCAGUCCCGGCCAAGGAUUUUGUUAAGUCUAUCCAUUCUAAACUCCGACAAGCCUGGGAAAUGGAAUGGAAAAAUUGCAACACCUUCACAAGAAGUAUAAAGUCGACGACCCUACCCUGGAAGGACGUGACUGAUACUUCGGAGCAGACUGCAAUUACCCGAUUACGUAUUGGACACACGAAACUGACGCACAGCUACAUCAUCGAAAAAGAAGAGAAACCACAGUGCUGCGGAGAGGACCUCACCGUGAGACACCUUCUCCUCGACUGUCAACGGUACCAACAAAGCCGAGAUCAACAAUUCGGAAACAUGACUCUAGGAGAAAUACUGCACCCAGAAAAUGAAGAAAAAUUAAUAAAAUUUCUAAAAGAAUUAUCACUACUUGAUAGAAUUUAG